CCAUCCCGUCCAUCCAUCCCGCCCCCGUCUCUCACCGCCAUGAACGCAGGAGUCCAAAACCUCGUCAUCUCCCUCGGCGCAAUGCAACUGGCGCGCAAGAUACCCUUCGAGGACCCACUUGUGCUCAACUACGUUCGGGCGGGGUAUGUCCUUGCACAAGUCAUAGUACUUGCGGUGUAUUAUUACGUUUCUUUGGUUAUUAAGCGCAAAAACGACCAAACGGUGCUGAAAUACGUCGAGGCACCUCCCCCUAUGUCUCAAGAACCAGGGAAUCUGGUGACGACAACAGUACGAGACUAUGAUCUAUCAGAGACAUCUAAACUCCUCCGCUCAGUAUACUUGGGCAUCGCAAUGAUGGGCGUCAUGCACUUCUACUUAAACUUCACACAACCCCUCUUCAUUCAAGCUCUCAUGGGCGUCAAGGGCCUGUACGACGCGAAACCCGUCUCCAUCCACUUACUCGGGAACCCAGCUGUGGAUGACCUCAAGCGCCCGUUCAAGGUCGCUAGUUUCUUUGGACCUGCUUCGGGACCUCUAACAGAUGCAGCUUCUAUUGCCGAAGCUGAGAAACGCGCCAGCAAAAAGGAGGAGUGAGCGUGGGUGGAAUUGCAGGAGCCGAUCCAGAUACUUACUUAUAUGGGAUUGAUGGAGCGGUGGAUCCUCAUGGAGAUAAAAUAAUAUUAUGUUGCUCCUCCGCUCUCCUCC